AUGCCGCCGAUUGAUCCAGCCGACAGGGCUCGCACCUGGCUGCUACACGGCUUUGGCUCCCCCCUUAUGAAAGCACGCGGCAGCCAGGCCAAAUUGGCCUCCAUUCGCAACAAGAACAAGCGAUACCCGCAGUACCACCCCCCGUUUGUGAAUCACGAGCCGUACCGAGGCCGUGGCUCCUUUUCCUUUCCCUGGGGUCGUGCUGGUGCCGGCCCUCCGGUCCUCCGGCGGGGUGCGCCAUAUGCGGUUCCGCUGCCGUAUGCUUUCGACCUGAGGUCGCCCUUCCUGGCGGCUGAUGCUCAGGCCGCCGUCGUAGGCCCUGUAGGGCCUGGCGUCGGCGGCGGUGGCAGUGGCAGUGGCGAGCCCGACCCGGCUCUGGAGGGGCUCCCCCUUCCCUUGCGGAUGCAGCACUCAGAGGGCGGUAUCCUCAGACCACCGCCGCCGCUGCUGCCGCCCGCGAGCAGCGAACCUUGUGCGACCACGUCUGCCAGCUCCCCCGCCGUCCGUGGCGGCGGUAGCGGUGGAGCCGCCGCGGUGGGGCCGCCGCCGGCGGCUUUGCCACCGCCGUCGGCCAGCAGCUACCCGCUAGCUCCGCAGCUGCUGCCGCCAGGGCACAUGUAUACUGUGCCGUAUGCUCCGCCGUACAGGUCCCGCCAGAUGAUGUAUUCGUACGCGCCGGCGCUACCGCCGCAUUAUUAUGGUCAAGAAGGACAGCAGCACCAACAACAGUCACUAACGCCUCAGCUGCAGCAGCAGCAGCAGCAGCGCCAACUUGGUGGCUCUGGCGACGGUGCCGCCGCCGCCGCCACUGGUUCCAGUCAAGCUCAGCUCCACCCGGAGGACAACCAGCACCGUCAGCAGCAGCCGCCACAACCGCCUUCGGGACACCUGCAUCCUGUCGCGUCGGAGUCCUUGCGCUGUGACUUCGGGACUGCCGAUAUGUCACAGAUGCGACUGGUGGCUGGCGGCAGCGCUGCCGCCGCCGCCGCCGCCGCGGAGCUUGCCGGCGGCACCGUGGCCUCAGCCGCAGCCGCCGCGGCUGCAGCUGCGGACGUCAUGGCUCAGGUUGACGCCGAGCUCCCCCUGCCGCUGCCGCUACCGGAGCUCUUGGCACAUUUCGGCGGCAGUCCAAACUCCGAGUACGGUGAUGAGGACGAGCAACUGCGCGCGGAGUUGCACGGCUUCAUUGGAGACCUGGCGGCGGAACCGUACGACGGCAGCGGGCAGCAGCUUCACAACGUCAGCAGUAUCCAGGGCCCGCAGCACCAGCACCAGCAGCACCAGCAGCAGUACAAACAGCAGCACCAGCAGCACCAGCUUAACAGCACCGCAGGACCGACACAGCAGCACCAGCUCCAGCACCAUCAAGGCCAGCAUGCCCACCUAAAUCCGCACCAGGGCCCGCAGCACCAACAACAGCACCAACAACAACAACUGCAGCAAGCCCAGGCCCAGGCCCAGGCCAUGCAGCAGCAGCCUCAGUCUCAGCAGCCGACGUUGCACUUGGCCCAUGGGUUUAUCGGGGCGGGAGCGGGACCGGCGGCCGACGGCAGCGGCGGCGGCGGCGGCAUGGCGGGCGGCUAUAGCGGCGUCGUGAGCGCUGCCAACGGCGGGGAGGAGCACUUUGGGGAGGGCGAGGUGGUCGACGGGGGCCGGCCGACCGGCGGCGGCAGUGCCGAUGAGAUGCGUGACGGCGACGCUGACGGCGGCGACGCCGACGGCGAGGGCGCCGGGGAGGACUCCUGGCUGCCCGGCGGCGGCGGUUCCGCCGGCGGCUCUGGCGGCGCCCGCCGCCGUACGACUGACGACGGCGAAGCAAGUCACCGGCGACCCCGCCGCAAGAUUGCUGUCCGGCGAUUAAGGGGGAGUGCUGGCAGCGCCGCCGCGCGGCGGGAGUCGACCGGUGGUGGUGGUGGUGGUGGUGGUGGUGGUGGUGGUGCCGCUUCGGCGGCAUCCGGCGACGAGCUGCAGAUUGGACAAAGACCCACCCUGGAGCAGCUGUUGUCGCAGUCGGUUGAUACCGUUGCAGACCUGGAUGUGCUGGGCGACUUGGAGCCCCAGACGGUGACUGCGCUGCUUGAGAAGGUGCAGCGCAAGGGCAAGGGGGGGAGGGCCCCGGCGGAGGACCCGCGCCUGGACCCCUCCAUAGACCCGCGUAAGGCCCGGAGAAUACUGGCCAACAGAAUCAGCGCCGCGAGAUCCAAACUGAAACAGAAACUGAUUUUGGAGGGGCUUAAGGCGCGAUACCAGCAGCUCCUCUCCAGCAAGAACGAGUACAGUCGCGAGCUGGCCGAGCUGAAGAGGUCGUGCAAGGAGCUGGAGGCGAGGAACAGGGGUCUGGCGGUCAAGCUGAAGAGAAGAGACGACGGCGGGGUCCGUUCCCCCUCGUGGGCCCGACAGGACCUGAACCCCCCCCGGGCACCGCCACAGCCCCCGGCAGCGCCACCGGCAGCAGCCAAGGAACAGCCGGCGGCGCAGCGAGCGUGA